GUUGCAGGCACUCAGCACCACAGCACCGCACCCAGCUAUUGUUCUUUUAUGUUUUCCCUUUUUGUCCCCGAAAGAGUCAAGCCACUAAUUGUCAGUAAUCAAAUCAGACCACGAUUUCCCAGGGAAACUCCUGGCAGUUCUACAUUUAGGAAUGAUUAGUUAGAGACAUCCUGAAGAAUGAGUUAUUUGGGGAGGCGCCAGCCACCUCCUCUAAUUUCACCUCUAUCCACCCUGUAUGCUCAAAGAUUUGGAAAGAGACAGCUUAACAGAAAAGGAAUGUGUGAAGGAGAAAUUGAAUCUCUUGCAUGAAUUUCUGCAAACAGAAAUAAAGAAUCAGUUAUGUGACUUGGAAACCAAAUUACGUAAAGAAGAAUUAUCUGAGGAGGGCUACCUGGCUAAAGUCAAAUCCCUUUUAAAUAAAGAUUUGUCCUUGGAGAACGGUGCUCAUGCUUGCAACCGGGAAGUGAAUGGACGUCUAGAAAACGGGAACCAAGCAAGAGGUGAAGACCAUAGAGUGGGAAUGGCAGAUGCCAACAGUCCUCCCAAACCCCUUUCCAAACCUCGCACGCCCAAGAGGAGCAAGUCCGAUGGAGAGACUAAGCUUUCAAGCGAUUCUCCUGCCUCAGCCUCCCAAGUAGCUAGUAUUACACCUGAACCUUCACCUAGCCCCAGGAUUACAAGGAAAAGCACCAGACAAACCACCAUCACAUCUCAUUUCACAAAGGGCCCUGCCAAACGGAAACCUCAGGAAGAGUCUGAAAGAGCCAAAUUGGAUGAGUCCAUCAAGGAAGAAGACAAAGACCAGGAUGAGAAGAGACGUAGAGUUACAUCCAAAGAACGAGUUGCUAGACCGCUUCCUGCAGAAGAACCUGAAAGAGCAAAACCAGGAACACGCUCUGAAAAGGAAGAAGAAAGAGAUGAAAAAGUAAAAACACCCAAACAGAAACUGAAGGAGGAGCCGGACAGAGAAGCCAGGGCAGGUGUGCACGCUGACGAGGACGAAGACGGAGAUGAGAAAGAUGAGAAGAAGCACAGAAGUCAACCCAAAGAUCUAGCUGCCAAACGGAGGCCUGAAGAAAAAGAACCUGAAAAAGCAAAUCCACAGAUUUCUGAUGAAAAAGACGAGGAUGAAAAGGAGGAGAAGAGACGGAAAACGACCCCCAAAGAACCAACGGAGAAAAAAAUGGCUCGCGCCAAAACAGUCGUGAACUCCAAGACCCACCCUCCCAAGUGCAUUCAGUGCGGGCAGUACCUGGAUGACCCUGACCUCAAAUAUGGGCAGCACCCACCAGACGCGGUGGAUGAGCCACAGAUGUUGACAAAUGAGAAGCUGUCCAUCUUUGAUGCCAACGAGUCUGGCUUUGAGAGUUAUGAGGCACUUCCCCAGCACAAACUGACUUGCUUCAGCGUGUACUGUAAACAUGGCCACCUGUGUCCCAUCGACACCGGCCUCAUUGAGAAGAAUAUCGAACUCUUCUUUUCUGGUUCAGCAAAACCAAUCUAUGAUGAUGACCCAUCUCUUGAAGGUAAGGAGGAGUCCAGGAUUGUGCCAUCAGAUUCCAACCCCUUUUUCACACCUGCUCUGUUCACCCCAGCGUUUGCCGAAUACAUUCUGAUGGAUCCCAGCCCGGAGUAUGCGCCCAUAUUUGGGCUGAUGCAGGAGAAGAUCUACAUCAGCAAGAUUGUGGUGGAGUUCCUGCAGAGCAAUUCCGACUCGACCUACGAGGACCUGAUCAACAAGAUCGAGACCACAGUUCCUCCUUCUGGCCUCAACUUGAACCGCUUCACGGAGGACUCCCUCCUGCGACACGCGCAGUUUGUGGUGGAGCAGGUGGAGAGUUAUGACGAGGCCGGGGACAGUGACGAGCAGCCCAUCUUCCUGACGCCCUGCAUGCGGGACCUGAUCAAGCUGGCCGGGGUCACGCUGGGACAGAGGCGAGCCCAGGCGAGGCGGCAGGCCAUCAGGCAUUCUACCAGGGAGAAGGACAGGGGACCCACGAAAGCCACCACCACCAAGUUGGUCUACCAGAUCUUCGACACUUUCUUCGCAGAGCAAAUUGAAAAGGAUGACAGAGAAGACAAGGAGAACGCCUUUAAGCGCCGGCGAUGUGGCGUGUGCGAGGUGUGUCAGCAGCCUGAGUGUGGGAAAUGUAAAGCCUGCAAGGACAUGGUUAAAUUUGGUGGCAGUGGACGGAGCAAGCAGGCUUGCCAAGAGCGGAGGUGUCCCAAUAUGGCCAUGAAGGAGGCAGAUGACGAUGAGGAAGUCGAUGAUAACAUCCCAGAGAUGCCGUCACCCAAAAAAAUGCACCAGGGGAAGAAAAAGAAACAGAACAAGAAUCGCAUCUCUUGGGUUGGAGAAGCCGUCAAGACUGACGGGAAGAAGAGUUACUAUAAGAAGGUGUGCAUUGAUGCGGAAACCCUGGAAGUUGGGGACUGUGUCUCUGUUAUUCCAGAUGAUUCCUCAAAACCGCUGUAUCUAGCAAGGGUCACGGCGCUGUGGGAGGACAGCAUCAACGGGCAGAUGUUUCACGCCCACUGGUUCUGCGCUGGGACAGACACAGUCCUCGGGGCCACGUCGGACCCUCUGGAGUUGUUCUUGGUGGAUGAAUGUGAGGACAUGCAGCUUUCAUAUAUCCACAGCAAAGUGAAAGUCAUCUACAAAUCCCCAUCCGAAAACUGGGCCAUGGAGGGAGGCAUGGAUCCUGAGUCUCUGCUGGAGGGGGACGACGGGAAGACCUACUUCUACCAGCUGUGGUACGAUCAAGACUACGCGAGAUUCGAGUCCCCUCCAAAAACCCAGCCAACGGAGGACAACAAGUUCAAGUUCUGUGCGAGCUGUGCCCGUCUGGCUGAGAUGAGGCAAAAAGAAAUCCCCAGGGUCCUGGAGCAGCUCGAGGACCUGGACAGCCGGGUCCUCUACUACUCAGCCACCAAGAACGGCAUCCCAUACCGAGUCGGUGAUGGCGUUUACCUGCCCCCUGAGGCCUUCACGUUCAACAUCAAGCUGUCCAGUCCCGUGAAACGCCCACGGAAGGAGCCUGUGGACGAGGACCUGUACCCAGAGCACUACCGGAAAUACUCCGACUACAUCAAAGGCAGCAACCUGGAUGCCCCUGAGCCCUACCGAAUUGGCCGGAUCAAAGAGAUCUUCUGUCCCAAGAAGAGCAACGGCAGGCCCAACGAGACUGACAUCAAGAUCCGGGUCAACAAGUUCUACAGGCCUGAGAACACCCACAAGUCCACCCCGGCGAGCUACCACGCAGACAUCAACCUGCUCUACUGGAGCGACGAGGAGGCUGUGGUGGACUUCAAGGCCGUGCAGGGCCGCUGCACCGUGGAGUAUGGGGAGGACCUGCCCGAGUGCGUCCAGGUGUACUCCAUGGGCGGCCCCAACCGCUUCUACUUCCUCGAGGCCUAUAAUGCGAAGAGUAAAAGCUUUGAAGAUCCUCCCAACCAUGCCCGUAGCCCUGGAAACAAAGGGAAGGGCAAGGGAAAAGGGAAGGGCAAGCCCAAGUCCCAAGCCUGUGAGCCAAGCGAGCCAGAGAUGGAGAUCAAGCUGCCCAAGCUGCGGACCCUGGAUGUGUUUUCUGGCUGCGGGGGGUUGUCGGAGGGAUUCCACCAAGCAGGCAUCUCUGACACGCUGUGGGCCAUCGAGAUGUGGGACCCCGCGGCCCAGGCGUUCCGACUGAACAACCCUGGCUCCACGGUGUUCACAGAGGACUGCAACAUACUGCUGAAGCUGGUCAUGGCCGGGGAGACCACCAACUCCCGCGGCCAGCGGCUGCCCCAGAAGGGAGACGUGGAGAUGCUGUGCGGUGGGCCGCCCUGCCAGGGCUUCAGUGGCAUGAACCGCUUCAACUCACGCACCUACUCCAAGUUCAAAAACUCGCUGGUGGUCUCCUUCCUCAGCUACUGCGACUACUACCGGCCCCGGUUCUUCCUCCUGGAGAAUGUCAGGAACUUUGUCUCCUUCAAGCGUUCCAUGGUCCUGAAGCUCACCCUCCGCUGCCUGGUCCGCAUGGGCUAUCAGUGCACCUUCGGCGUGCUGCAGGCCGGUCAGUACGGCGUGGCCCAGACGCGGAGGCGGGCCAUCAUCCUGGCCGCAGCCCCUGGAGAGAAACUUCCCCUGUUCCCGGAGCCGCUGCACGUGUUUGCACCCCGGGCCUGCCAGCUGAGUGUGGUGGUGGACGACAAGAAGUUCGUGAGCAACAUAACCAGGUUGAGUUCAGGUCCUUUCCGGACCAUCACGGUGCGAGACACAAUGUCCGACCUGCCAGAGGUGCGGAAUGGAGCUUCAGCACUGGAGAUCUCCUACAAUGGGGAGCCUCAGUCCUGGUUCCAGAGGCAGCUCCGGGGCGCACAGUACCAGCCCAUCCUCAGGGACCACAUCUGUAAGGACAUGAGUGCAUUGGUGGCCGCCCGCAUGCGGCACAUCCCCUUGGCCCCCGGCUCAGACUGGCGCGAUCUGCCGAACAUCGAGGUGCGGCUCUCGGACGGCACCAUGGCCAGGAAGCUGCGGUAUACCCACCAUGACAGGAAGAACGGCCGCAGCAGCUCUGGGGCCCUCCGUGGGGUCUGCUCCUGCGUGGAAGCCGGCAAAGCCUGCGACCCCGCAGCCAGGCAGUUCAACACCCUCAUCCCCUGGUGCCUGCCCCACACCGGGAACCGGCACAACCACUGGGCUGGCCUCUAUGGAAGGCUCGAGUGGGACGGCUUCUUCAGCACAACCGUCACCAACCCCGAGCCCAUGGGCAAGCAGGGCCGCGUGCUCCACCCUGAGCAGCACCGCGUGGUGAGCGUGCGGGAGUGCGCCCGCUCCCAGGGCUUCCCCGACACCUACCGGCUCUUCGGCAACAUCCUGGACAAGCACCGGCAGGUGGGCAAUGCUGUGCCGCCGCCCCUGGCCAAAGCCAUUGGCUUGGAGAUCAAGCUCUGUAUGUUGGCCAAAGCCCGAGAGAGUGCCUCAGCUAAAAUAAAGGAGGAGGAAGCUGCUAAGGACUAGUUCUGCCCUCCCGUCACCCCUGUUUCUGGCACCAGGAAUCCCCAACAUGCACUGAUGUUGUGUUUUUAACAUGUCAAUCUGUCCGUUCACAUGUGUGGUACAUGGUAUUUGUGGCCUUGGCUGACAUGAAGCUGUUGUGUGAGGUUCGCUUAUCAACUAAUGAUUUAGUGAUCAAAUUGUGCAGUACUUUGUGCAUUCUGGAUUUUAAAAGUUUUUUAUUAUGCAUUAUAUCAAAUCUACCACUGUAUGAGUGGAAAUUAAGACUUUAUGUAGUUUUUAUAUGUUGUAAUAUUUCUUCAAAUAAAUCUCUCCUAUAAACCAC